AUGACAGCGAUGCGUGGCGGCAUGGAUUCGGUGGGAGAUAAGAAUCACGUGAUCGGGAGCGUCUGCCGAAACGACCGCAAGGGCUUCGGCGACAUCAGCGACAUCACCAGGCAAGCCAAAUGCAUGAACAGGGAUAUAGAGCGGCGGGAUGUCGAGAGGUUCCUAGGAGCCCACAGUGACAGUGGUGCUGCACUGGAUGAUAUCGUACGACAAAGGCGACGGAACACUGGUGCUCCCGCCUACCGCUUGUUUAAUCGCACUGAGCCUGAGCGUCGAGAAGUGGAGUGGGCUCGCCCUCCCUUUGCACAUCCCUGCCGUGCAACAUGUGAUGAGUACAACAGGAAAGAGAUCAUGAUGUCAGCCUUGCAUCUCGAGCGAUCGAACUCCCUGCGCCCGCAGAGUGCGGGCGCAAAGUCCAUGCCCAACAGAUCGGAGCCGAAGACAGAGAUCAAACGCCGUCCUGCCAGUGCGGCUGCAUCUCGGAGCUCGUCUAAAUCUGCAGCUUCGGGCUCUGGCCUAAGCAAACUUACGCCAGCCCUCCGCUUGGAGGUACAGAAGGUAGUGGCUUCUCAAGUGGAAAAGAUCGUGCAGCCAUUGAAAGAGCAGCUGGAGAAGGAGCGACUGACCAGGCAACGCCUAGCUUUGUCUCUAAGUAGCCUGUAG